AUGCGCCUUGUCACCGCCCUCCUUUGUGUUGUCCUCCUGACCAGCAGCAGCAGCCAUGCCUUUAGUCCGUUGCAACCCCAACCGGAACAACAACAACAGAGAUCCUCCCAACGUCCAAGUACCACGGUGAUUGUAGAAGAACAAACCGAUGCAGUGACAGAAUCGGUAGUGUCAUCCUUGGAACGUCAACGGGUGGAAUCGAUUCUGCCUCUGACCGAAGCCGAAAUCAAUGCUCGUUUGGCCAUGCAAAUGGAACGACUGCAAGCCAAAGAUCGAACAUCCACCUUUCUGUCCAAACAGGACCUUCAAAUUGUGUACGAAGAUGAAGAUUUGAUUAUCGUCGAUAAACCCACGGGAGUACUCUCGGUUCCAGGUAAGAUUGUCAAUCCUUCCAUGGCGCAGUCUGUAUUUGAUGCCGUGGGAUGUGAAAUGGGACGCAUGGACAUGAUGGUCGUACAUCGAUUGGGAAUGGAUACCUCGGGGCUCAUGGUAUUUGCCAAAACCAUGGAUGCCCUACGAGGCAUGAAUGAGGUCUUUCGAACCCGUGCCAUUGAACGCAAAUACGAAGCACUGGUUUGUGGACACGUUGAAAGUGAUGCUGGAAUUAUCAAUCUACCCUUGAUGCGAGACUACGAAUUCCCUCCCUUUAUGAGAGUAUCCACCGAAAAUCAUCAACGAGCCUUGCUCGAUUUGGAUCCCGAACAACUCCGGCUCCCCAAAAUACUCGAUUUGCCCAAGGACAGUCUCACCAAAUACAAAGUCUUGGCACGAGAAGAUUUGAAUGGACUGCCCGUCACACGAGUGGCUCUCACCAGCUUGAGUGGCAGAACGCAUCAACUCAAUGUCCAUUUGGCGGCAUUUGGACAUCCCAUUGUGGGAGAUGCUACCUAUGGUAUUGACGGGGAUGCCGCAUCCAAUGGGGGUCUCACCAAGGAAGAACGAGACGAGCUGGUACCCAACCCCAGUUGCGCCAGUGACGAGUUGCAACGACGUAUUGCACGAACGGCAAAUGGCAAAAUGUCCUGCAUUCAUGCCAAAUCCUUGAAAUUCUUUCAUCCAACGUUGCAAGAAGAAAUUGCCUUUGUGGCGGAUGCUCCAUUUUAA